AAUGAUUUACAUCAGUGUGAAAACUGAAGCUGUGUGAAUAGAAAUUGAACUUCGUUUUUGUUUUUGUUUAGAUUUGUUUCGUUUAGUGAUCGCUGCUCAAGUGUCAGAGAACGAGUGGAAGUUCUUGACUCUAUGGAUCAAUUAACUCGAAGGUGGCAAAAAUUCGCAUAAUAAAAAAGUUAUGAUUAAUCUGUUUAAUUAAGAAACAUCAAAUGUUAUGAGAAAAUUUUAGUAUUUAUUCGAUUUUCCGGUCUACUAUUUUGUUAUGCUGGAUUAGGAUGAAAAGUAGAGCAUUAAAUUUUCUUCAAACGAGCUGAAGUAUUUUGGAAUGAACUUCUUUAAGAGUUAAAGACUUGGUGGUCAUUUUCACUAAAUGUUGUGGGUGGUCUAAUUUUUCCUGGUAUGUUCUAUUGGAUAAGAAAAACAAUGGUGACAUGUGACUGCACAGUGGAUUAAAAAGGAGAGAAACUUAAAUAUUACUAUCAAGACAAGUGAGUGUUACAAGUGCUCAUGGAUACAGUUCAAUAUGUUGACAAUAUGAGCUAUGGCUCUGGUUCCCAAGGACCAAGUGCUGAUUACUGUCAUCUUAUGGCAGAGCUUAAAACCCAAAAUUUUGAUGUGAUAAAGUUUUCUUCCUAUCGUACUGCCUGCAAACUCAGAUUCAUUCAGAAACGAAUUAGUUUGCAUUUGGUUGAUAUUUGGAAUGUGAUUGAAGCUUUUCGAGAAAAUGGAAUGAACUCGUUGGAACCUCGAAUAGAGAUAAAUAUUCCUCGACUGGAAACCUUAGUUACCUCGAUAUACUUUCAAUUGAAUAAGCGCCUUCCUGCGGUCCAGCAAAUAGACUUAGACCAAUGUACUUCGUUGUUGCUCAACUGGCUCCUUUCUGCUUACGAUCCAGAAGAUACUGGUAAAGUUCGAGUUUUUUCCAUUAAAAUUGCCUUAGCUACAAUGUGCUCUGGAAAACUUAUGGAUAAACUUAGAUAUAUAUUUUCUCUUAUUUGUGACAAUAAUGGUCUCCUAGUUCACAGCAAGUUUGCAGACUUCCUGAGAGAAAUUUUACAAGUUCCAUGUUCUGUUCAUGAAUCGCCCACUUUUGGUUAUCGUGAUAAUCUUCCCUCUACUAUAAUUGAUGGAAUGAACAAAGUAACGGUCAAUGAUUUUUUAGACAUCAUUAUGUCUGAUCCUGCUCCAGCAUGCAUUGUAUGGUUACCUUUAUUACAUAGACUUGCUAGUGUAGAAAAUGUACUGCAUCCUGUACAAUGUGAUGGAUGUAACCGUGAAGCAUUUUUAGGCUUCAGAUAUAGAUGUCAGAAAUGUUAUAACUAUCAGCUCUGUCAGGAUUGUUUUUGGAGAGGUCGUGUAUCUGGAAGUCAUACUAGUCAACAUGAAAUGAAGGAAUAUACCUAUUAUAAAUCUCCAAGUAAACAACUGGGCCAUUCCUUAAAGAAAUCUUUUAGAUGUGUUCCUGAGAAACAAAUUGCCUCUAUACCAAGAUUUCCUGAAGAACCUGAAAGAACUUUAAAUUUACAACACAUUGUGCCUCCAUCCCCCAUUCCCAGUCAUAAUGGUUUUCAUGAUGUCACGAGUAACUCCUUUGAUAUGUCUUCAUUAGAUGGUAGAUCAACAACUAGGAGCCUAGAAUCUAACAGAGUUGAUGAUGAGCACCGGCUAAUUGCUAGGUAUGCUGCGCGAUUAGCUGAUACCAGAAGUACAAUGCGAAGUCCAUCAGACCUCAGCUUAAACAUGGACACAACUAGGCAGCGUGAUCUUAUUGCUCAACUUGAAACAAAAAACAGAGAAAUAAUGAGGGAGAUUGUUCGCUUGAGAAAACAGCAGGAACAAGAGGAUGCUGUAUUACAAAAUGAACAGAAUCCCACUCUGCUUAACGAAUUAAGGGCUCUUCGGCAGAGGAAAGAAGAGUUAGAAAGUCAUCUUUCAACUCUUCAAGAGAGUCGAAGGGAGUUAAUGGUGCAGCUGGAGGCUCUGAUGAAAAUGCUCAAGAAUCAUCAGACGUCCCCAAGAUCUACACCAAAUAGUUCCCCCCGUUCGGCUACAUCGAAAUCUCCACCACUGUCUACACCUUAUCCUGUUUCCUCUUCUCGCAGUGCCCCAACUACUCCUCCCACAUCAGAAGGUGCUCCUAGUGUUCCCAGUAAUGUGACAGCAAAUUAUGAUCAAUCAGGAAGCACAAGGAGCUUAAGAAAUGACUUGUUAGUUGCAGCUGAUUCUGUCACAAAUGCUAUGUCAUCACUAGUUCGAGAACUCAACUCGGGAUCUGAAGAUGAAGAUGGUAAUCUGGAUAGUAAAGCAAUGAGCAGCAGUCGAGAUUUUGAAACUGAGGAUACUGAAAGUGCGGUUGAAAGUUUAGAAGGCGGCGGUACACUUUGGCGCGAUGAACGGUUGAGAGCUCAAGAAAAUCACUUCUUGCAAGAAAUCCAGGCCCGCAACAAUUUAUCUUCGUCUGGUCUUGGCGAUGGAAAAAUUGUUCAAGAAGAAAAUGACCAAGAGAUCUAUGAUAAUGACCCAAGGGACUUGGAUCUCUUCCAUCAUCAUGCGUCUUUGACGACCGACGACGAGAGUUACGUCCGAACCGAUGACGACGACGACGGAUGUAAUACGGACUGGGAAGAGGCGAUGAGACGUUGGGUGAACCGUUAAGAAUUAUUUCUUCUCCUUCCAUCUGGUUCAUUAAAGUCAUAUCAUUUGUGUUUGGAGAGGCAGCUAGCUGUUUCAUCGAAUUGUUUUAUGUGCCAUUUUUCGGUAUAUUCAUUGAAUGUAUAUUUGUUCAUUUUUAGGUGAAUGUUUUAUUUUUUUUUAUUUACGUUCAUUUUAUUGUAUUUGAUAAUGGUAUUUUUAUUUGUGGAGCAGAUUUAUUUAUAGAAUUUUUUAAGAAAUAAAACUUUUAAGAUAAAUAUCCAUUGUUUUAAUAAGAUUUUUAAUUAAAUUACUAAACAAUGGUGCAACUUUUGGUUUUACUAAACAAUGGUUAUAACUUUUCUUCUUCUGUUGAAUUUUAUGAACUAUGUUUGCCUGCAUUUUAAAACCAUGUCCCUAACUAUUAAUUAUAAUUCCUGUUUUGUAACCAGUUUGGUUAAAAAGUUUUUAUGGGCAGUGGCGCUUUUAUACCCAUCCAAUCUUCAGGGAGCCUAUCAGCUUGAGGAAAAAUAAAUGCCAAUACUUUUUUUUGCAAAAUUCAUUCUAAUUCUUUAAAGUUUUUAAGAAAUAGGAAUUUAUAAUACAAAUUUUUAUAAAAUUCUGAUUUUUUUUUUAUACUCUAACUGUGCUUCAUGCAAUUUUUGGAUUUAAGUAUUUUUUUAAUAUCUAGUCUUUUUUAUCCUUUAAUAAUAUUUUCUAUUUCUGUUUAACACACUGAGUGCCGCACAUAUUUUUAAGGAUAUCACCUUUUGGCUAUUUGUAACAGCUUAGAAAUGCUUGUAUUGUGGUGAUGCAAACUGCUAACAAUUUGAAAUGAAUAAAAAUUUGAUUUGUAGUAAAUGACAAUUAAGUAAAUUUUUAAUGCAUUUUCAGUAAUUGCUUCAAACAAUGUAAGUUUUUUUAGUUUUGCAUGAAAGUUUUCACUGUCCGCCACUGAUAACUGGUGUGGCACUUAACGUGCAAAUGACCUCUAUUUAUUAUCAUAUGUGAUAACUACGAUUAUAAAAUAACAGUUACAUUUUAAUUUUAUUUGCAAUCAUUAAACAACAAUAGCAGUUGUUUUCUUAGGAAAAAAUAAAUCUAAAGUUCUUUGCUUUCUUCUGUUUUUUAAAAUUUCUUCUAAUUCUUCAAACAGUGUGAUGUUAGGGGAAUUUCAAUUGCAAUGAAUUAAAAAUAAAUGUUUUUAAGUGAUUUCAUUUGUUUUUUUAAUGAGUACUUAAAAGUGAGAGAUAUGUUAUAAAGAAGUGCUUUAUUCAAGAGUUAUAGAAAAGUCAAAUUACAGGCUAUUUAUUUUUGGCAAAAUAAAACUCUUCUUGUUUUAAUUUAGUUGAUGUUAAGUUAUAUAGUUAAUUUGGAAGUCACUUUGAAUGAAUUAAUAUUUAGUAUUUAUCCGAACAGUUUACCUUGAACUGAGAUUGAAGUAGAAAUCCUCUUGCUUUUCAAAUAAACAAAAUUGGUUAUACUCCGUGUGUUUCUAUGGUACAUGGAAAAAUUUAUAACAAACAUGCCAAGGUGCUUUAAAUUUAGAAGGUUAAAAAGAUGAUUAUUUCAUAAAUUUUGCUUAAAAUAUUAAAAUGUGUAGAAUAAUUUUUUAGUAUAAAAUAAAUAAGUUACAUUGAAUUAUUAAAAUCAUUUUUAUUUUUAAAAAAGUUCUAUAUAAAUGCUCAAAUUUAUGCUGUUGUGAAUCAUGUAUCUUUUAACCUAUUCUUUAUUUUGCAAAACGAAAACUAAAGAUAGUCAGUUUUGUACUAAAGAAAGUCUUUGAUGUCAAAGCUGUUAACCUAUAAAGCUAAUUGUGUUUAAUGUAGGGUUUGUAAAUACAGUAUACAUCAAGUUUAUGUUAAACACAUGAAUUUUAAAAUUAGGUGCUUAAUUAACACGUUUUUUUUUCCUCCGUGAAAUUCUGUAUUUAUUAGUAUAAUGCUUGAUUUUUUGUGGAUUGGCUAAGUAAUUGUCUUUUGGUUUAUUUAAGAUAUGGCUUUAGAUAUACUAGUGUUCCUAACUUUUAAAAUGUUAAUUUUUAUCUGUUUUUAAUGUUAAAUAAAGCUAUUUUUUUUAAUCUGUACUUAAAGGAAGUCAAACGAGAAGUAUUUUAUAUGAAAUGUGAAUGUGGUCUUCUGUUAAGAUAAUUAAUUUAACUAUGCAAUAAUUGUAUUAUAAUAUCUUUCAUGUGGUGUUUGAUGAAUGUAUCUUUUUUAAAUGUUUUUUUAGUUAGUGUUAGUUUGCUUAACAAAAAAACAAAACAAAAAGAACCACUUAAAAUUUUUUUCUUAAAUGAUAAUUUUUAAUAAGUAACUUUGAAUCAAAAUUACUUUUCAUAAGUACCAUUCCUAGCUGGAUUCAAGCUAGAAGAAAUAAUUUGUGUCAGUAUAAAGGAUUUUCAGAAUUAUAAUAAAUUUCCUCUCCUUAUAAUUUUUUGCUUAAUGUUAAAAUUUUGCAUUCUAAACUAAUAAAUUGAUUCUAAAUUAUUUUCUAUUAAAAGUCUAAUCUUUUAAAUGAAUAAAUGUACUCAGAUUUAUGUAAAUGAAAUUUAAUAUGCAAGGUGUUCUAUUAAAUCAAUUGAUAUUUAUUUUUUAGAAUCCAUGCUAAAAAUGUAAUCUAAAAAUACUGACAGUAUUUAAUAUUCAGCUUCUUCAUCCCUUAUCCCCAAAUAAAUUAAAAAUGAUUACAGAUAGUUUAAUAGACCAAACAAUUUCAGCAAGGAUUGAAAUUUUUAUGUAUUAAUGGAUUUUUUUUUAUGUAUUAAUAAAUUCUAUUUAAAAUUUAAUUGAGGUUUUCUGGUCUUGCUAUAAGUAAGUUUUUAUACUUAUAUUUACAUCAAAUUAUUACUUUUUGCUUUGCAAUAUCUUUAUUUAACUUUCGUUACACUUAAAAUAUUAAAAAAGUAAGUUCCUCUGCUUUUCAAUUUUUAAGCUUGAAAAUUAUUGAAACACGAAUUUCUUGGUUGAUUUUUUUAGGGUGAAAUGUGGGAGCUUUAACUGCAAGAAUAUUUUUGUACAAAUUUCUCCAAAUAGUAUAACAAUUAAAAUGUUAAAAACAAUAAACAAAAUUCUAUUAAAAUAUUUAUAAUGAUUUUUUUUCGUAAAAAUUUUAUAAAUUUGAUAUAAUUGAUUACAUACUAUUUUGAAUUAUAAACAGAAAUUAAAUACUCAUUCUAAUAAGAGAAUUUCAUAAUCUAAAAGAAAGAAUAUGUAUAUACAUUUUGGAAACCGAAUUCUUCUUCUUUGCCUGCUCCCUGUCAGAAAGGAUUCCUUGAAGUGAAGCUCUUUUCGAUAUUCUUUAUAAGUGGGCGCCAGUGUUGUGAGUGGAAAAUUCUAUCAUAUCAUAAAUGUAGUUGUGUUGUGACAUCAAAGUGUUCAUGUACUUACAAGUGUAGUGUUUAUAGUACUGUUAUAGUCUGUACGGUGUGCAACGAUAUUGACAUCUUUUCUGAUUUAUGUGUGUGCCAUUGUCAAAGACGCAUGAUCCUAUGCAUUUUUUUUUUAUAUAUAUAAAACUUUUCGUUUGUAUUAAAUCUAAUCAGAAAGAAGAGAGAGAAAUGUUUGAAUACAGAAUUAUUAUUUCAAGUUUAUUGUAUUAUAAAAUGUUUAUUUCUUAUUUAAAGAGUUUGAUGUAUGUAUUUCAGCAAGAGAGGGCAAUAAUUUUUAAUAAGAUACAGAUUUGGACUAAAUGUUUAAAUUGGAAUUAGUUUGUUGUAGAAAGUUCAAUAACUUAAUCGAAUUCCUAUCAUUAACUUUUCACUUUACAUCUUCUUGGUUAAACUCCUCUAUACUAGCUCUAUCUCCAGUGGCAGCUUAAUACCCGCUUCGUUUCAGAUAAAUGAGUACCAUCUAGUCUGAUAGAUAAAAGCAGCUGGUGCGUAAUGCUGAUCACAUUCCCACGAUCAUAAAAUUCAAAAUUGUGGAACCUUUAAUGUUCAUGAUCCUUUUAAUGAAAAACUGGCUACUGCAGAUCUGCUUUACUUUUACUACGAUGUUCCACUUUUGAGACCGUGAUGGCUCAGGGAAUAGAGGGUUCGCAUCCCAGCGAUGGCUGCUCGAUACCAAUUCCGCACCCGUGUUGCACCAGCCGCAGUGCUGACGUGAAAUAUCCUCAGUGGUCAUGAGUUAUAGUCCCCUUGCAAUCAGGCUAACUGUGAUAAUUUCUUGUCGUCAUUGUAACACAAAUGCGGGUAGUUCCAUCAAAAAGUCCUCCACCCAAUACUUGAUCCAGGAGUUCCCUUGUCUUCUGGAUUAGGUUCAAAAUUACAAGAUUACGCAGUUGAACAUUAGUAGUCGUAAACACGUAAUUGGGUCGGUUGUUCGACAACGGUUGUAAAAUAAAAUAAAAUGUUCCACUUUUACAGAAAAUAAUGGAGGAAAAGUAUGUUGUUAGAAAGCCAUAGUAGCUUUUUCGAUAAGCGUCUCAUAGUCUUCGAUGAUCAAUUGCCUUUUUAAAUGGCUAUUUCUGCGAUGCACCAGGAUAGAAUGCUUGUUUCCAAAAUAAGUUUGCCUGGUUUGAAUAUCGGCGAUGGUCGAUAAUGAACACAUGAAGUGUAUUCCUCUCAAUUUGAUUUCGAGUUAUAGUUUUUAUUUAUACCCAGGUUUGCUUUUUAUCCGGAAGAAAGUGAAAAAAUCAGAACAAACUGGACAAAUACUGAAUAUUGAUAUAGCAAUUAGUAUUAUAGGAAUAACUAAAAUUUAAACAAAUUAAUUUAUCAUAAUUCCAAAAAAAAUCCGUUUUCACAUAUACUCUUUUAAGUAAAUAACUAUUUACAAAUUAUUUAUUUUAGUUAUAUACAGAUUUUUAACAAAUUAAUUUAUUAUAAUACCAAAAUAAUUAAGUUUUUCACAUGCACUCUUUAAAAUAAAUAACUGCAUUAGAGUCCUGAUUAUCCGAGCUAAUGUGGACCAAGACUUACUCGGAUUACGGAAAAACUCGGUUAAAGCGAAGAGUAUAAAAAGGGAAGAAAAAGAGUAGGUACAAAUGUAAUAUAUUUGAUAAAUACAAAAUUUAAACAAGUGCACCACAUACAAUUCAUAUUAUAAUUCAAGAAAUUUUCUUAAAAAAGUCCUUAAUCAUUUUCUGUUUUAUGCUUUGGCGCUUUUCUGCAGUAUUGUUUUGCCAUUUUUUUAGGGAUAGCAGAAAGACUGCUGUUGCCUCUUCUUCUUGUUCUAUAUAUUCAAUAGCACUUUCGAUAGCUUUUAGUCCAUCUGUAUGAGAAAGUUUUGUAUGUUGAUUUUCAUUGUCUCUGUCUUCAUCAUCUUCGCUAUAUUAUUGAUCGGUAUUAACGAUCAUUUCAUCGGAACAAGAUGUUGGAUUUCAUUUUCUUGAGUGUUUGGAAGAUAAAAUUCAGAUUUUUUUUUCAGCAGUAGUUUUAAAAAUAAACAAAAGUAAACUAGAUUUUAAAAAAAAAACUUAAAAUAUUUGGUAGCUCAAGUUAAAGCGGAUAGUCGGGACUCUGCUAUAUUUAUUUAUGUUAUUUUAACAGUUAAAGAAUUAAAAAAUUAAAUUUUAUUAUACUCAUUUACGUAAAAUAUUAAGGAACUACGAUUAUUUUAAUUUCUUGAUAAAUUCAUUAAAUCUACUUUUCUAUUGUUUCUUUUUCGUUUUAGCUUAUUUAAAAAUUGAUGCCUCAAGUAGCUUUGAAAUGAAUACUAUAAUUAAAACUAGAUUGCUGUUAUAAACUGUUUAAAAAAUAGUUUUUAUGUACGAUAUUUCUUUUUGAAUAAAAAUUUCUUCCAAUUGUAUUGGAAGAAACAUAUUUCUUCUGGCGCAAAUUUUUUGCAGUUUUUCCAACUGUUGAAGAAGUUUGUCGUCCCUGUUCACACCUUUUACUUUAAUUGCCAGUUCUUAAAGAAAAGAACAAUUUAUGUCGAAAGUUAAAAAAGAGAAAUAUACAACAAAUGGAAAAAUUGCGACUAUCAAUAAGCUAUUUUAUUUAUCUCUCUUGUUGAAAUACUUUAUGCAUAAAUAUUUAUUUUGAUGAAUUUUUAUUGUUACAUAUUUUAAACUGGGAAUUUACUUUUUCCUGUAAGAUAAACAUAAAUACUAGUAAACACAUAUUUUCCACACUAUUAAUUUGUUACAUCUGUUUACUUUCUUUUUCUCACAUUUCAUUAGGCUGAUUUUUUUUAUUAUUAGUAUUCGCACACUGCCUUCACCGUAGAUAAUGACCAAGCACAUUGUCUAUUUUUACAUUCCCUACUUAACCAAUGUGCACAUUUUUUAUGAGCACUGUUGAAAUAUGAAGUUUGUUAUUUACAUAAGCAGGAAUAGUAGAAGAAAAAGAUAGUAGAUUGUUAAUGUUUUAUCAAGAAGACGAAGACCUCUGUAUUUCUAUCAAUUUGUUGGAUACUUAAAAAUGACAUAGUUAGAAGUUUCUUAUUGGUAAUUUUAAGGAAAAAAAUUAUCUGAUUUUAACCUAUAUUUUAGAUAAUAUAAAAAUUAGCUUUAAUUUAAUUAAAUUAUGUUUGUUUUUAUCAAGCAUUCAUUAAAAUAGGUUUUUACUGCUAUUUUUUUUCCUUGUACCAAAAUAUGAAUAAAAAUGUUUUUAUUUUAUUUUUUAUUAUUUAUUUAUGUUAUGUUUAUCAUCGGAAGAAUAUUCAUAGUUAUAAUAAGACAUAAAUCGAUGACAGCCGAUUAACAGAUAAAUAAUUCUUUUCUCACUUCGCUGCGAAACCACGCAAUUUUGGUGCAUUCUUUGGAAGAAAAAAAAUUUUCUCUUCCUACAUUCUCUUAAAAAUUUUUUUUUUAAAAAUAAGUCACUAAACUUAUUUUAGGGGAUAUUUUUUUAAACUUACAUGUCAACACUGAUUAUUUAUUUACUACCAUUUUCAUUAUGGCUGUGGCUUCUAACAAACUAACCUCCAUAACGAAAUUAGAGUUUGGUUAAUGACGCAAGCAGAAGGCAUAUUUUUUUCGUGUUUAUUUAUUCUGCCUUAAGGAUAUAUUAAAAAUAUUAUAAUGUUUUAUAAAUGUAUGAUAUUUGGCUUCUAUAGAACGCAAAUAAAAUGCAAACUGUGCCUUUUUUUGUUAUUUUUAACCAAAAAAAUAAAUGGAUUAAAAUAACUUCAUUUUAAAUAAUAGUUGAGGAGAAUGAGCAUAACCUAAUUAAGUUACAUUAAUAAAAUACUCAUUUGAUCCUCUAUGUAGAUAAAUUAGUUUUCUUCAAUAAAUUAAAUCUUGUAACCGUGUUGUGUAAUCGUAAUCUUAAGUUUAAAAGAAAUAAGUUUACUGAAAAUUAAAGAAAUAAUAUAGUUUAAAAAAUUUUAAUAAAAGAAAAAAGUUUAAAAGUUUUUUUCUUGAAAUUUGUUGCUCUUGUUUCUUUGGAGAAAAUGCAAAAUUCUGGCGCUAAAGUAAUUCGGUUUAAUUGAGGUUUUUGUUUCCUACCAAAUUAUAACUUCUUUUUUUUAUCUUCAUUACAAAAGGAGAAAGAAAAGCCUGUAAUGCUUAAAAAAAUAUAUAAUUUUUCUUUAGAACAUAAAAAUAAACAAAUAGAAACUGCGUUGAAACUGAUUUCUGAGGUUAUUGUGCUAGAAAAUCGCCUUCCCCCAAACUUAUCAUUUGUGGCAAAAUUCAAAAAAUGUAUCGUACCCUUAAAGCCUCUCUUUAUAUCGUUUAUUGGUAAAUCAAUUUAAAAAUUCAAGUUUAAUACGAAAUCUGCCAUAAUUAACUCAGCAAGGUUUUUCUUUUAUAAAAACUUUGCCAACUUAUGCACACAAAACUUAAAAUAAAAUUUAAAAUCCACUAAUCACUUUAGUAUAAAAAUGAAGAAAUGCAUGUAACUUUUUAAUUGGGUACUUGCAACCACAUGGUUGGGCCUAGAGCCCCUAAAUUAGACAGGCCGACUUAUCUAUUUUUGGAGCAAAAAGCUACCAUAAGCACAAUACUAACAUAACGUUAACUUGCGUGCUUGUUUGCUCCAAUAUUGCUUGAUAGGUCAGCUCUGAUAGUAUAGGAGCCUUAGUUGGGCCUAAUCACGGCGUGACGUCGCUUGCAAUCAUUUUAUUUUAUAAUUUCUAAUAUAAUUAUUUUAUAAUAUCGUCUGCCUGAUGUCUUUUUUUUUAAAUUAAUAAUAGAAAAAACAUCGUUUGCAUUCUUUUGAGUUGAAGAGAAGUUUUAAAAUCAUGGCCUUUUGGGAAUGAGAUCUAUAUUAAUUUUUAUUUUGAUAUUGUAUCAAAAUUCUUGAAAAUUUCUUACUUUUUAGAAAUUUUUCACUUAUUUAUUAUAACCAUAAUUAAUUUUUCAAAAAAAAAAAAGCUUUACUAAUGACAAUAAAUGGAAUAGCUCAAGGCAUGAAAUUCCAGUUCUAAGCGUAUUAAAAUUUUUACUCGCCACUAUUUAUACGGAAAAUGCGAACACUUUUUAAAAUUUUAAUAAAUAUAGUUUAAAUAACUUUUUGGUGGCCACGAGAAUGUAGAAAAUGAGAACUGUAAAAUAGCUCAAAAUGUUAUAACCUGGGGCAAACUGGUUGAACACUUGCUUACUUCUACAACAUCUGACUUCAUAUCAGUGGCGCGAACUUCAACUUGAAUUCUGCCCGCUCUGGUAACACAAGUUUUACUUCCUCGGGGGAAAAAAAGAGAUAUUGAGUUAAAUAGUUUCUUUAUAUUCUCUUUUCAAUUUUUUAAGGGGUCAAAAAACAUAAUAAGGUGUGAACACAUCUGGUGACAUAGAUUUCAAUCUUUACGUGAUCUAUAUUUUUGCGCAUGUUCAUAUCUAUAUUAUGCACCUGUUAAUAUUCUCCUUUUUAAAGUUUGAAACUCUUGCUUUCCAUUUUUAACUAUAUUGUUUACAGCAAACUGCGCGAGAAAUAUGGUAGCUUGAAGCGCAAUAUUUUACAAGAAUUAACUUACUCGCUAGCUCUAAAUAUUUUGUCGCCAGCUGGCAUUUGGAAAUUUCGCACUUUGGAUAGCUGUUAUAAAUUUUACCAAUGCUAUUUCUAUUACUAAUUAAAUUUUAUGUAUUUAAAGCUACUAGUUCAAAAUUAGUUGACGAAAAACCUUUUGUUGAUUAUAACAAACUACUUUUUUAUUUUAUUUUUUUACCAAUUUAUUUUUUAUCUGUUAGAGAUUUAACUAAGUCGUAGAACAAAAAUAUAUCUAUACUUUAUAUAUGUAUUAUUAUUUAUCUUGUAAAUGAAACGUUUGUAAAAUAUUGCAACAGUUGUUUCAAAAACUUAUGGUGCUUUAAUAUUUUAAUAAGUUUAAAAGAUUUAUUUAUGUCUUAAUGAAAAUUACCAAUAAGGAACCAGAAAUCUAACAUGUAAACUGAUGCAAGUUCAAACGAAUUUUUGUAAUUUUCAAUUGUUGAUACUUUGUAGGGUUCAAAAUGUAAGGAAAUGUUUGCUCACUUCAACUUUUAGUUCAGGUUGUAGAUACAUUUAACCGGAUAAGAAAUUAUAUAUUCUUGUGAAAUGUAUAUUAUUUGUAAAUUUCGUUUGUUUAACGGGGCGGGACACUCUUUCAUGUUGACAUUCUAUCUAGUAAAUACUGAAUUUGUUGAAAAACUCUUUGUAUACUCCCUAUUUUGUGAAGAGUAUUUCAAUCAAAUUUGUAGAUUUUAAUGUUACCAGUUUAAAGGAAUUCAAAAUAAAAGAUAACCUAGUCUUUGCAUAAA